AUGCAGCUGCUACCCUGGCUUCUCACUUGGUUCAUAUGGAGGGCGAUGGGAGAUAUGGUGAUUCAACGAUUCUUCGUCCCUCAGAACCAGAACAUGAAAAUCACGUCCCCGACUCAGCAGAUGAUCGUUGAAUAUGAGCUUCAGUGCGCCAUGCUUUGCAUGCAGAAUUCGACGUGCUUGAGCUUCUCUGUGACACAGGCUUCUGGAACUCUCAUAUGUAGCUUUGGAUACAAAUACAACCAACCGAGGACGACCGAUGUAUCGAGCAAAUUCUUCUACAGAGAGGCGACAAUACCUGCAGGGUACAACCUGGUGCCGGGAACAAAUUGUUACGUGAAGCUUGUCGGUGGGCAAAGCAUUAAUCAAGCUAAUGCUGCGUUGGCGUGCAAGAAUGAAGGCAGUGAACUGGUCUCCUCCAACAAUGCAUUGGUGAACAAUUACAUUAAGCAACAAUGGGCCAGUGUACCUGCUGGUCAGUAUUACUGGGUCGGUGGGCUGAGCGUCGCGGACAUGUACCACUGGACAUUCCCAGAUGGUACCAACGUUUCUGUCGACGGGCAAGGUCAAUCUUACUUCUGCUCGGUCGAACCAGAUGGUUAUGCAGGUGACAAUUGCAUCUGGGUUUGGAAUUAUGAUACCGGCAUCGCUUGCUGGAAUGACCGUUGGUGCACCGAUCCCGCGAACGGAUACAUCUGCGAAAUUAAACUACCACAAUGAGCUAUUCAAAGGUUACUUGAUGACGUUUCCGGAGAUGAGCGUGAGGCGAGUUUUAUUUUUCGAUCGUCCAAUGACGAAUUCCAC